GAUCCUCGUGACCACAAAGUGUACCAAACUAAAAUCCUUUUCAAUUUAAAGGAAAAGGAAUCCAUAAUGAAUACCAUAGAAAGACUGGAUGUUCAUCCUCGGAUAAUAACAGCGCUAAAAAAGACAAAGUUAACAAACAAGACCACGAUUCUCUGUAUGUCAGCUGCAGAUCUGGAAAGAGCCACAAAGCUUUCUUCUUUUGAUGUCUCUGUUCUUCUUAAAGCUGUUGCACUUUCACUCCCUUGUCCACCCAUGAGAACUGCUUUGUCACUUUAUAGGGAUUCACAGGGACACAGAUUGUCUUUAGGGUGCCAAAUAUUGGAUGGUUUCUUGCGUGGGGGCAUCCUGAGUGAAGGCAUCACAGAGAUUACAGGAGUAAGCUCCUCUGGUAAAACACAAGUUUGCCUCCAACUUUGCUUGUCAGUUCAGUUACCUCAUGAACAAGGUGGUCUUGAAGGAGGUGCAGUUUACAUUUCAACUGAGGAUGUUUUCCCCAGCAAGAGACUGCAUCAGCUGAUACAGAGUUUUACCAAGAGUCAAGCAGUUCAUCUAGUUAGUUGUAAAUGGAAUCUCAGCUAUAAUGUUUUCAUUGAACAUGCAGCUGAUGUGGAUGACUUGCAAAACAUCAUAACACAUCGUCUGCCACUACUGCUGCACAGAAGAGCUAUUAAGCUUGUGAUUAUUGACUCCAUUACAGCUCUUUUUCGUGUGGAGUACUCACUUGGAGAAAUGUCAAAGAGGGCAAAAGUUUUAAGGUGUUUUGGUGCACAGCUUCACAAACUCAGUCAUCUUUACUCUUUUCCAGUAGUGUGUGUAAACCAGGUCUCGGAUGUAAUUCAAACUGAGGGAAACAGCUUGAGAAGUGGAAAUAAAACUGUUAUUCCAGCUCUUGGACUGGCUUGGUCAAGUAUGGUUACCACAAGGUUGAUGUUGUCACGCACAGAGCAACUGAUACAAUGUAACAAUAGCGAAAGGAACCCUGUAAUCAAGAGACAGUUACAGGUCAUCUUUGCACCUCACCUCCCAAGCACAUCUUGUUUCUACUAUAUUGAUGCAGAGGGUGUGCAUGGAUAUAAAGAAGAGUGGUGCUGAAGACAUGAAGGAGUUGGAUUCACAAGAUUCCUAGUGAAAAAAAAUUUUUACAAAUCUAUUCAAAGAAAUUCAAGUUCUGUGGCCAAGUCAGUCCAUGGAGUAAGUUCCAUUUCAAGAGGUCCUCCUCAAAUAUAAAUUGUACAAGCUAGCUUCCAUGCAGGCCCCCAUUAUCAACACUGGCAAGACACACAUUUUUCACCCCCUGGGAAGAUUUGAGCCAAGACAGGAAGAAGCUUGCUGAAAGUCGGGAACUAUUAAUAAGUGCUAGACCCACGACAGACCUGUUGCUGGCUGAUGUUGCACAAUGCCUCUUAUUUUACCACUGGGAAGGAAACCCUUUGCAGUAACAGCAGUAGUUUGCAAAACAAGCUUAGCUGAUUUACUUUGCAGAGGAAUGCUAGCUCUGUGAAGUGAUUCAAAAAUGUGUUUUUCUAAACCCGGUCACUCUCGCACAGGGUUGUGAUUAGAAGCCACUAAGAGGUGGAAGCCCAUCAGCUAUCAGAACAUUUUGUGCUGAUUACUUUGUGACUUGUGAUCAAACUGAUUCUUAAAUCAAUGUCUGGAUAAAUAAAGUUACUGCAAUAUGUCCCAGAAUGCUAAAAGUCACAUCUCAAAGAGAAAAUUUUGACUGGCAGUCCACAUGUAAUGAAGAAGCUUAAAAAAGAAAUGAAAAUAUAGAAAAAUAAAAUAAACAAAUGCUCUUUUACAAAGUGAAAAACAAUA